AUGGUUGCACUUCUCUAUACCCUUUUAAGUUUCAUUCGAGAUGAAAUAGAAGAAAAGGAAAAGGAAGAAUAUUAUCAAUUAAUGCACAAAUUUAACCGUUUGAAUUUCAGAACCAACAAUGGUUCAACUCUGUUACAUUUAGCUGUUGUUCCCAAUACAUUUCCAAAUGAAUAUUAUAUAGAAAGAAAUUGCAAAUUUCCUUCACUAUCAGCUGUUCAGGUAUUAAUUGAAUGUGGUGGUAUUGAUGUAAAUGCUUUGGACUUCAAUCGAAAUACUCCAUUACAUUUACUUGCUAUACACUCUUGUGGAGUUCUUAAUGAUGAAACUUUAACUACAAUCAAACUGAUCGUAAAAAAAUUAAAUGAAGGUGGUUGUCAUUGGGAUUGCAUUAAUUCAGCAGGAAAAACAGCAAUAGAAUGUACAAGCUCAGGUUUCAUACAAAAAUUUAUAGCAAAUCAAAUGACACUGAAUCUGAAAUGUAUAGCAGCCAAAAUAGUUAAAAAAUCAAAAAUAAAUUAUUAUCAAUCUUUAUCAAAAACAUUGUGUGAUUUUACUGAAUUACAUUAA